GGCAUACUUCGUAUAACGACAAAGUAUACAACUUUUUUUCAGUUUUUUUUCACAAGUCUGUGGUUUUCACAUGCGCUGGCAGUUGGUCCUCGGGUCACGUGUGUGUGUUUUUGAAGAAUACGCGCCAGUUUUUUUCCCCCCGCGAAACUGUAGCAAACAUUUGCGCGCUAAAUUCACAACAUGUCCUCUCUCUCUCUUUAAUUGGUGGGCUGUAGUUUAGGGACCCAGUUUAUCGAAAAAAGGCACUGUUGGGCAAACUAUUACUUUUCUUUAAAUAAGGUGCAUACGUCGAGCCUCUAGUCUUCUGCAACAAUGGCUGCUUUAGGUGAUAUUCGUGUUAAGGAGCUGAACAAGCGUGCCUCGGGACAAGCUUUCGAGGUCAUCCUUGGGAGUCCUGCUCCAGACGCCAAGACUGAGUUCCCUCUCUCUCCUGCUCCGAAGAAGGAUCUUUCCUUGGAGGAGAUCAAGAGGAAACUAGCCGCUGCAGAAGAGAGGCGCAAGUCUUAUGAAGCGGGGGUUCUGAAACAAUUAGCAGAGAGGCGGGAGCAUGAGAAAGAGGUGCUUCAGAAAGCUCUAGAGGAAAACAACAAUUUCAGCAAGAUGGCAGAAGAGAAACUGAACCAGAAGAUGGAAGCCAACAAAGAAAACCGUUCAGCCAUCAUGGCAGCCAUGAACGAGAAGUUCAAAGAGAAGGACAAGAAGCUGGAAGAGGUUCGAAAAAACAAAGAAAACAAAGAGGUCCACUGUGAAGAAAACUGAAAAAUGUGCUAUUACAGAAGAGGUUUUUUUUUUUACAUAUCUAAAGAUUUUUUUAUUUUAUUUUUCUCCACAUAAGAGGAAAAAAAUUAUAUACAGAACAAACAAAUGCAGCAUUUGGAUUGGAUCGAGGAAUUAUUUUACACUUUGAUUGAACUCAUGCCAGUAACCGUAUUUCUUCAUCUUUUGACGUGUGUAUUUUUCGCUUUAAGCACACGACUGUUUUUUGUACGAGUUUAGACCGGAUGUUGGAGGGCUUUACAUGUAAAAUGCAAAAUAAGCAAUACCUGUUGACAUCUUUGACUGUUAACUUGUCAACUUAACGGUUGUACCAAAUAAAAGAAGUACUUAAACUUG